UCUUACUCUUUUACUUUCUCUCUCCUUUACCUUUCCUUUCCUUUACUUCUGCAAACCCAGAUCUGGGUCUUCCUCUCUCAAACCCAGAUCUGGGACCCAGAUCUGCGUACUAUAAUGAGAGGGAGCCAAAAAAAUGAAACAAAAUAAAAAAAUAAAAUCAUGAUGUGGCUUGGAAGGAACCGACCCGCCCGAUUAGAAGGACUAGAUGGAACCGACGAUGCUGUUGUCACCGGCUGUAUUUCCAGGGUUUCCGUGUGAGGUUGGAGCCAAGAAAUUUGGACUACACAGCAGUGGGAGCGCUAUGUUAUCUUGACGCUUUUCAGACCCGAUCACCUGCCUUGGAGCUUCGGGUCGAUGCUCAAGGCUCCGAUUGACGCUUCCAUGGCGACGAUUGUUGUUUGGAGGACGGAUCAAGUCACUGUUUUAGUUUCCCCAAGAUCUUGAACUCUCCUGAUCUGUAAAUCUUUCACCUGCCUUCGGCUGUAGGAUUAGGCUUUCGAUAACCAAUUCCAGUUGUUUGAUACAACAAACUCAGACGGAACAUCGAUGGUGUCGUCGAAAAGUUAUAUGCUCGAUUCACUUCUUUGCUGGAGUUUUCUCAAACUUCUGGUGAUCUUUCCUCAUCAACUCUCGCCAUUUUCCUUUCCUCAUCAACAAAUUCCUACAGUACGCCAUUGCCUACUUCUAUUUGGGUUUGAGAAAUUGAAUAGUCUGCUUGAUUCACUUCUUUGCUUGAGUCCAUGUGAUGCAGUGCUCAAAACUGUUAUUUUGUGGUUCUGUUGUUUGGAAUUUGCUGUGGCAGAGAUGCUCUUUCUAAGAUCUGGGUUUGAGAAAGGAUAAAAAAAAACCUUUCUCUUGCCACAACAGUGCUGGCGAACCUAGCGGUGAUUGUGAAUGGGGAUGAUGAGAAGAUUCUGGUGAAGACGGUGAAAGGGAAGGUGUGUACGUAGGGGUGGGAGUGUUCCUGGUGGUUGCAGUACUGUUGCAAUAAGACCUUAUCGGAUUUGUUCCAAGUUUACAAUUUCAAGGAGCUUUUUUUCCAAGAGGAAUUCGCCGGUGGCGCAUGCAGUGGGGUUUUGAGACUACCAGUCUUUUAUUCUCGCCGCAGCUAUCUACGAGCCGCUUGGUUUUGGGACCACUGGAGGGAAGGUUAUGCAAAUGAAGAAGAUUGCCUCUUUUCUCGCUCAUGUCGACGCCAAAACUUCUUGUGAAUAUUGUGUAUUUUUGUUUUGAAUUUGAUCCAUUGUGAAGUUCAGUGCGCAUUUAGCUAGAUCUGGCAACUCUUAGGUAUAGAAAUUUUGUUUGGCUGCUAGGAAAGUGGUAGGAACUGAGAAAAAUUAUUAUUUGAUUCUGGGAUUUUUUUGGGCCACAAUUUUUAUUUCCUAAAUAGCUCUCUUAAGAACAAUCAUUUUAGAUUUGUUCCCAAAUAGAUAAAUAAAAAAAAGAAAAAAAAAAGUGUGUGCAUUCUUUGAUUGCCAAAAAAACCAAAAAACUUAUGGGAUUCCUUGCCCAAUAGGCUUUUUUUGCUUUUACAUGCUAAAGCUAUAUGCUAUAACAACUGAAUUAUACAAUUAAUUACAAUAUGACACGAUUAAAAAAAUCAGUUCAGAUUAAUUUUAGCAGGAAGACGUACACCAGGAGCUUCCUCUUCCACAGAAAUACCAUAACAAGCAA